UGUGUUGAGGAGCUGAGAGCUCAGAGAGUGCAUUUGAGCUUGGAGCACAGAGGAUGACAAACUGUUAUUAGUGGAGUAUUGACUGCUGGAAUCACCUGUAGAGGAGCCGAACAGUCUUGCAGCCAUGACUUGCAUCCACUCCCAGCAUGGAUCUCAGCCCUAUGAGAACAGCAUGGGCAACUCAGAGCUUCAAAACACAGACUUUAUCUCCAAGCUGGCGGUUGAUAUGAGCAACCCACAGGACCAGGUCUCUGCUCCACCUCUGCCGAGCAUUAGCUCCUUGGUGGACUCUCACCAGGGAGCACUCUCAGACGAAUUUGACGCAUAUGCAUGCCGGUUUACUGCAGCUCCUGCCCACAUUACUACAUCCUUGAACCAAGAGACCCCUUUCAAACUGGACAACCUCCAGGUUUACGGUUGCUACCCUGGAGCGUUUUCUCUACCUUUCCCAGAGGAGGCAGGGUCUCCUGCUGGAUCAGAUUAUUUUGGCAGCCCUGCAUCCACCUCUUCUCCUUCUACCCCUGGGUUCCAGCACACAUCCACCUGGGACUCAGCAUUUGGGCCAUACUCACCCAGUCCAGGAUUUUGGGGGGCAGAGGAGAUAUCUGCACCAUCUUUCUUCACUUUCAACUCAGGUUCAGUGGAUGAUAUGUCUCAUUUGGGACAACCACAGGAUCCUUUCACUCUGGUUCACCCUCACUCAUCUGCACUGACCUUCCCGACUAUGGUGAUGGAACAAGCUCGAAGCCUUGAAGGCUCAGACCGCAUGGAUGGAGGGCUAUCACCCAAGUUGAAAAGUCCAGGGGGGAAUGAUGGCUGCUGUGCUGUGUGCGGGGACAACGCCUCCUGUCAGCACUAUGGGGUUCGAACCUGUGAAGGUUGCAAAGGGUUUUUUAAGCGCACAGUCCAAAAAAAUUCCAAGUAUGUUUGCCUUGCCAACAAGGACUGCCCAGUGGACAAGAGGAGGCGCAACAGAUGCCAGUUUUGCCGUUUCCAGAAGUGUCUAGUUGUUGGUAUGGUGAGGGAAGUUGUGAGAACAGAUAGCUUGAAAGGACGAAGAGGCCGCCUACCGUCCAAGCCAAAAGCCGUCCAGGAUGUGACAACAACUGUGUCUCCUGUGAGCAUGAUCGCUUCACUCGUGAGGGCCCACAUUGACUCAAACCCUGGUGUUGGUAAAGUGGACUACUCCAAGUAUGAGGAGACAGAGGUCAGUCCAAACCAGAAGGAGGAUGCAAGCGACAUCAAACUGUUUUACGACUUACUCACAACCUCCAUGGAGGUCAUCAGUCAGUGGACCAAGAGCAUCCCAGGUUUCUCUGAGUUCUGCGCAGAAGAUCAGGAACUUUUGCUGGAAUCUGCUUUUGUAGAACUCUUCAUCUUGCGUCUUGCAUAUCGUUCUGAUCCUGAAACAGACAAGCUAAUCUUCUGCAAUGGUGCCGUGCUUCACAAGAUGCAGUGCGUCCGAGGCUUUGGGGACUGGAUUGACUCUAUCUUGGAGUUUUCACAAAGCCUGCAUCGCAUGAAGUUGGAUGUCUCUUCCUUCUCCUGUCUCACAGCCCUGGUCAUAAUUGCUGACCGACAUGGACUAAAGGAGCCAGGACGUGUGGAAGAACUGCAGAACCAGCUCAUUACCUGCCUCAAAGAUCACGUCUCCAGCUGUGGCUCUGACUCAGUGCGGCCAAAUUAUUUGUCCAGACUUCUCGGGAAGCUGCCCGAGCUCAGGACUCUGUGCACUCAAGGCCUCCAGCGCAUCUUUUACCUGAAAUUAGAAGAUCUUGUCCCACCGCCUCCAAUCGUGGACAAAAUCUUCAUGGAUACUCUUCCUUUUUGAGUGUGGGAAAUCUUUGAUAUAAAAAGCCUGAUGGAUUUUAUAUCUGGAGGAAAAAGGGCUACCUCUGAAUUAUGAAAAAACUUUAAGACGCAACAUGAAAGUGGAGCCCUCACAAAAUCCCCUUCCUCAUCAGUGUUUCCAGGAUAUUGACCACUUUAAGAAGGAAACUAUAUCGGCCAGCUCAUGGACCAAAAGGUGACUGUUUACAUACAACAAGGUGCCAUGAAUGGAAACAUUGUGAAGAAGGGAUUAUUGCACUUUCCAGACAAGAUGAUAACAUCUGAUCAUCAUUUCAGGAAGUGAGCACAAUGUAUUUUUAAGGUUUUGAUGUGACUGUAUAUUGCAUAUGAAAUGUCUAACAGAGCAUUAUAUAUUUGUUUAAAGCAAGCAAGUUAUCUCAUAGAACCACUUUGUAGUCCCUGAAGCAGAUGUUUGCUUUAUGUUAAGGUCACCACAUUUGUUUGGUGAUAAAAGAAAAGGUAGGUCAAACCUACAGAAUCACUCAAAAGUAUCAUUCAUGUAUCAUGAAGUGACAGUGAGCAGCUAAUAUACAGUGUAUCGCCCAGCACAUCUGAAUACACUGGUCUUGUAUGUAAACUGUUUUGAAGGUGUUUUGCCACAUGAACUGUAUUCUGAAGUUUGGAGAAAAAGUAAUUUUCUUUGAAGCCUGUUAUUUUUACAUACCGUGAAAGUCUAUUUUACUGCAGUAAAGGUGAAAUAAAGUUGAAAACUGGAGUUUUACUAUGGA